AUGCAAGCCCCAGUACUCGUCCUGAAAGAUUCAUUGAAGCGUGAGUCUGGGACUAAGGUGCACCAUGGUAAUAUCCAGGCAUCAAAGGCUGUUGCUGACAUAAUCCGUACAACCUUGGGUCCUCGAUCCAUGCUCAAGAUGCUACUUGAUGCUGCUGGAGGAAUUGUGGUGACAAAUGAUGGAAAUGCCAUUCUGCGUGAGUUAGAUAUUGCACACCCAGCAGCAAAGUCAAUGAUUGAACUAAGUCGCACACAAGAUGAAGAAGUAGGUGAUGGAACUACGUCUGUCAUUGUCCUUGCUGGUGAGAUGCUCCAUGUUGCAGAAGCAUUUAUUGACAAGCAUUAUCAUCCUACUGUCAUUUGCCGAGCAUACAACAAAGCUCUGGAGGAUGCUAUUGCGGUUCUUGACAAAAUAGCAAUGAGCAUUGAUGUGAAGGAUCGUGCAACAAUGUUGGGGCUGGUCAAAAGUUGUAUCGGUACAAAGUUCACUAGUCAAUUUGGGGAUUUAAUUGCUGAUUUAGCACUUGACGCUACCACAAUAGUAGGGGUGGACCUUGGCCAGGGUCUGCGGGAAGUGGAUAUUAAAAAGUACAUAAAGGUUGAGAAGGUUCCUGGUGGCCAGUUGGAAGAUUCAGUGGUUCUCAAAGGAGUAAUGAUUAACAAAGACGUUAUUGCACCUGGAAAAAUGAGAAGAAAGAUUGUCAACCCACGCAUCAUUCUUCUUGAUUGUCCUCUUGAAUAUAAGAAAGGCGAGAACCAAACAAAUGCUGAGUUGCUUAAAGAAGAAGAUUGGGGAGUCCUGCUAAAAUUGGAAGAAGAAUACAUCGAGAGCCUAUGCGUGCAAAUAUUGAAGUUUAAACCAGAUCUGGUUAUCACAGAAAAGGGGCUUAGUGACUUGGCAUGCCAUUAUUUUAGCAAGGCCGGCGUCAGUGCAAUCAGGAGGUUGCGGAAAACAGAUAAUAACCGAAUUGCCAAGGCUUGUGGGGCUGUAAUUGUUAACAGACCAGAUGAAUUGCAAGAGUCUGAUGUUGGUACAGGCGCUGGGAUAUUUGAGGUUAAGAAAAUUGGUGACGAGUUUUUUGCAUUCAUUGUUGAUUGCAAAGAGCCCAAAGCAUGUACUGUACUCUUGAGAGGUCCUAGUAAGGAUCUCUUAAAUGAAGUGGAAAGGAAUUUGCAGGAUGCCAUGUCUGUAGCAAGAAACAUCCUCAAGAAUCCGAAACUUGUUCCUGGUGGUGGUGCUACAGAGUUAACUGUAUCUGCUACAUUGAAGCAAAAGAGUUCAUCUGUAGAAGGUAUAGAAAAGUGGCCCUAUGAAGCUGCUGCUAUAGCUUUUGAGGCUAUACCACGUACUUUGGCUCAGAAUUGCGGGGUGAACGUGAUUAGAACAAUGACGGCACUGCAGGGAAAGCAUGCAAAUGGUGAAAAUGCAUGGAUUGGCAUUGAUGGUAACACUGGUGCGAUAACUGAUGUGAAAGAGAAAAAGAUAUGGGAUGCCUACAACGUGAAGGCCCAGACUUUUAAAACUGCCAUAGAAGCUGCUUGCCUACUUCUCAGAAUCGAUGACAUUGUGAGUGGGAUCAAGAAGAAGCAGCCUCCUGGUGCCAAAGCUCCUUCGAAGCCUCAAGUUGAGACAGAAGGUGAUGCAGAUAAUGAGCAAAUAAUUCCCGAGUGA